UUUGAUUUCUUCACAGGCUAUAAGAAAUUUUGGGCAUUCUUCAGAACCAGCUGCAUUUGAAAAAUCUUUUGCUCUUCACUUUCUCCUUCGUGUGUGUGUAUAUGUGUAGGGUAGAAAUGUGCAAACUGUGCCUGAACUAUCUGCUUGGGGUACCAGGAGCAGUACUAACUGCAGCAGCACAGAGAUUCACGUGAGCUGGCUCAGUCCAUCUCCUUGCUUUCCCGAGCUCUGUGGGUAUGGAUAAUAAUGCCCUGGGUUUGCUUGCUUCCCUGGAUGGGGUUACACUGCAGCACAGAGGACUUCAUGAGGGUACACAGGCUCUGAUAUUCGUGGUUGUGCUGGGAUGGCUGUUUGUGCCCAUCUAUAUCAAAGCUGGGGUGGUGACAAUGCCAGAGUACCUGAGGAAGCGUUUUGGGGGGAAGCGGAUUCAGAUCUACCUGUCAGUCCUUUCUGUCCUGAUCUACAUUUUCACAAAGAUCUCAGCAGACAUCUUCUCUGGGGCUGUGUUUAUACAGCUGGCCAUAGGGCUGAAUCUUUAUGUGGCCAUAAUUAUCCUGCUUGCCAUUACUGCUCUUUACACCAUCACAGGUGGCCUUGCAGCUGUGAUUUACACGGACACCUUGCAAACGCUGAUCAUGGUAGUGGGAUCCUUUGUUCUCAUGGGAUUUGCCUUUGCUGAAGUGGGAGGGUAUGAAGCAUUCAUGAGGAAGUACAUGGAGGCAAUCCCAUCCAACAUCACCUACGGCAACAGCACCAUCAGCCCCGAGUGCUACGCCCCGCGGGAGGACUCCUUCCACAUCUUCCGGGACCCUGUCACCGGGGACCUGCCGUGGCCAGGGCUCGUCCUUGGUUUGAGCAUCCUUGCCCUGUGGUACUGGUGCACAGACCAGGUUAUUGUCCAGAGGUGUCUAUCUGGCAAGAACAUGUCCCAUGUGAAGGCUGGUUGUGUCCUCUGUGGGUACCUGAAGCUUCUGCCCAUGUUUAUUAUAGUGAUGCCUGGAAUGAUCAGCAGGAUUUUGUACCCAGAUGUGGUGGCCUGUGUUGUGCCUGAGAUCUGCGAGCAGCACUGCGGCGCUGCCGUUGGCUGUACAAACAUUGCUUACCCCAAAAUGGUGGUGGAGUUGAUGCCAAACGGUCUGCGGGGGCUGAUGCUGUCUGUCAUGCUGGCCUCCCUCAUGAGCUCCCUGACCUCCAUUUUCAACAGUGCCAGCACUUUGUUCACUAUGGACAUCUACACCAAGAUUCGAUCACAGCCAUCCGAGAAAGAGCUGAUGUUGGCUGGCAGGGCAUUUAUGGUAGCUUUAAUUGGCAUCAGCAUUGCCUGGGUUCCUGUGGUGCAGUCAGCCCAAAGUGGGCAGCUUUUCGAUUACAUCCAGUCAGUUACAAGCUACCUGGGCCCUCCCAUUGGUGCUGUCUUCCUGCUUGGUAUCUUCUGCAAGAGGGUCAAUGAGCAGGGUGCCUUCUGGGGCCUGAUGGUGGGGCUGCUGUGUGGACUCUCUAGAAUGAUUGCAGAGUUUGCCUAUGGAACUGGCAGUUGUGUGCUCCCUUCCAAAUGCCCCUUCAUCAUCUGUGGGAUUCACUACCUCUACUUUGCACUGAUUCUUUUUGGGGUCUCCAUCAUUGUCAUCCUUGCAGUCUCCUUCAUGACUGAGCCCAUUCCUGACAUACAUCUCUAUCGCCUGUGCUGGUCUCUGCGGAACAGCCAGGAGGAACGCAUUGACCUCGAUGCAGGGGAGGAGCCAGAGCCAGCUGCUGAGAAGGAUGAGGAAUCAGUUAAUGAGGAAAGCGAGGAGAAACCAGGCUGCUGCAGGAAAGCCUACAACUGGUUCUGUGGCUUGGAGCAGCAAAAAGGGCCCAAACUGAGCAAGGAGGAAGAGGAAGCACUGAAGAGGAAACUGACUGACACAAGUGAAGUGCCACUUUGGAGAAACGUUGUGAACAUCAAUGGCAUCAUCCUGCUGACCGUGGCAGUGUUCUGCCAUGCCUACUUUGCAUAGCCCCUGCCUGCUGCUCUGUCAAGCAAAGCCAGUGCCUGGUAGAUUUACAGCGUUAGGCCAUCUGGUGUCUCCAUUGCUACCUUUGUUAAAAAUCAAGAUGAUUCACUUGGUGACUUUGUGAUCAUGCUUUCAACAACCCAAAGAUGCAGGCCACUGAGAUUUCAAGAGAGAAUUUCCGUUUAGACUUGGAAUCAGCCAAGGGCUGGCAGAGGUUCAGAAUCUCCACUCAGCUUUCUCUCUGCUGGUGAUACACUUCAUAUUCUGGGUGCAGAACAAGGCUGAAUGAGCCACAUUUCAUACCAGAGUUUGUGAACUGCCUUUUAGGGUUGAUUUUUCAACCCUUCUUCUUCUGAUAAUUCAAAUUGCUCUCUCCUUUGGCUAGGAUAAUUUGACACUGCAACUGAGGCACCAAUUCAAAUGAAAAAAUCAGGUUUGCUCCCUGCAAGAUGAGAUUUUAAGUAAAGAUUUUUUGUAUAUAGAGGUACAAGUGACACUUCACCUGACUUUCCAUUCGAUCUUUGUCCCCUCUUUCCUCGCUUUUCCUUGUGCUCUGUUGGCCAGAGAUCGGUGGGGCACCACCAGUCUGCACUGCUCACCUUCUGCAGUCAGGGAGUGCAUGGCUGGGUGAUCUCAGUAAGAAUUCUGCUUGCAGUUGAUUCUCUGUUUGAGGUUAGCUGCAGCAGGUGCCCUCUUCGUGCUUUACUGUGUAUUUGUGCCCGAAGGAGAAGGGUUUUCUACAAAGCACACCUAUUAUAUGUACACAUGCCCUACUGCACUGAGUAGAUCAUAUCUGUAUUUAAAAGCCAUCUGUACAUGUGUAUAUAUAUAUAUAUAUAUAUAUGUAUUUCUUACUGAUCAGUUCCCAUCUUGCUAGGACAGGAGUAAUCUCUGCC